AGAAAGGAGGCCAUAAAAUACAAACCAUGAGUGAUGACCACGCCAGUGAGAAAAGGAAGCGAGAGAAAGGGAAGUGGAAAGAGAAAGAGAUACAAACAAGGCUGUGUGUCGAUUGCGAUUUUGAGGGUCGUUGCCCAAAUUCUUCCAUAUACAUUGACAAACUACAAAGGACUGAGUGUGACUCUCUGAAAAUAAGAGAAAGACAAGCAGCGGGCAUAGAAGACAGACAGAGAAACAUAAAAUAAUCAAUGCAUGCGAUGGAGCAGGGGAGCGUUCAAGAGCAUGGAAGAAGUAGAAAACUGUCCAAGAUCUGGGUGAUAAAUGAAUAUGUUCGAGUGGGACUCGCAGAAACCCUCAGCACCUAUGUCAUGAUGGUAAGCGAAAGAGAGAGAAAGAGAGAAAGAGAGAGAGAGAAAGGGUUAGAGGACACCAUCAACCUCUCACUUCUUACGGGCGAGGCCAGACUGGCCCGUUGAUUUAUCCGUAUCCGUGAUUUCUAAUAAUUUCUCAAUGGGAGUCAUACGUUGACCGUCAACUUAUUUUCACGGACAAAAAGUUCAGAUGAGUUGAAGUUUUGACGGGCCGACGGAAACGUAAUCGUCCGUUUAGCCAAUUAGAAAAGAGGAGGCGUUUUACGUCACAAACUUCACACACGCACGGAGCAACAUGUAUCCGUUGUAAUUUGGUGUCCACAUCCACGGGUCUGUCUGGCCUCGCCCUUACUCCCUUGCUUAUUUGAAUUUUACAUUUACAUUUGCAUGUUAUAUGUUUUGGUUGUUGCAUAUUUCCAGAAAGACGAGGAUUAUAAAUGAAUAAAAAAAGGAUGACAAAUAAAUUAAUAAAAUGUUGUAUUUAAAGGUAUUUAGUAUUACUAGUUUAUUACUACUAGUAUUACUACUAGUGUCUCUAUUCAUUGAUUGAUUUCCAGUCAACUGUGAUUCUGCUUGGAAUUCCUAUACAAAUUGCAUGAUGCAAUAAGAUCCCCAUGUAGAUGCUUAUCAUGUGGCAUUGGUUGUCACUGUCAUGCUCUUGACCCUGUGAUAACAUGGCUGGCCAGUUGGCCGCAAGCACUCGCUCUCUCUCUCACCUCUCUCUCUCACACACACACACACACACAGUCCCAGACAUGUGGUCUUGGGUCCCUAGGGAAAGCAGUCAAUAGUCUCAUAGCCGGGGUCUGCUGCCUGUUUGUCACAUGCCUGCCAACAAAUUCUAUUCUUAGAGCUUAGGACACACUCAGAAGACACACACGUGGUAGUAGUGGGAUAUUGUCUUUACUACUAUACAGUAAUUGUAUAAGGAGCUUUCCCUUUCCUUUGUGAUUUACCUACACUGUAAAAAGUGGGACGACGCUGUUGUUAAUCUGAAGUGCUUUUACUAAUUGGAAUGAUUGAAAAAUACGCUUUGGUUCGUUCAACCUAUUCUAUUAAAUGUGUCUGAAAUCAAAUAACAAAUUCUACAGAUCAAUGUGAUUUUUUUAAUUGAAUGAAAGCUUCUAAAAUGCUUUCAACACCUCAUGCGCAUUCGCUUUGAAUUGCGGUGGGGGAAAUGUAGCCUAUCAGAAGAGUUGGAGGCAUGGCUUACUGGGGUCGUGGCUUUCAGUUGGUUAUUUUUGCACACCCAUGAGAGUUAAUGUCAUUCCAGUUAAAGUGGUAUCUUGUAGUUGGUGUUCACAGCUAGCAUCUGUAAUGAUACUGGCAUAAUUACAUUUGAUACUAAAGAGCCUAAAAUGGUUUCUAUUUUACGGUAGUCAAUGCUUGGUUAUGAUAGUGUGGCUACUGAAGAAUAUGUUUGGAAACUAAUCAAAUUAAACAGUUGGCAUUGAAUCAUAUAUUUGGUUUCAAAAACGAAUUUACUAGUAAUCAGUGAAAGUAUUUUUGGGGAGUUGAUCCAAAAGAUCCCUGUAGCUCAGUUGGUAGAGCAUGGCGCUUGCUACGCAAGGGUUGUUGGUUUGUUUCCCACGGGGGGCCAGUAUUAAAAUGUAUGCACUCACUAACUGUAAGUCGCUCUGGAUAAGAGCGUCUGCUAAAUGACUAAAAUGUAAAAAUGUAAGAGUAACCUUGGGGCAUAUGUGUGGGUUGGAAGUAGUUCAUUACCUUAGUAACCUACAUAUGAUACAAUAUUCAUACAAUAACCACAUCCCCCUAAGCUGAUUAUAUUCUUAUAACUAAUUAAGUACAUCACUCAUGAGUUGACAGAUUUCAAGGAUAAGACGUAAUAAUUACCAUCAGUAAAUUACGGAAUGUACAUUUUAAAUGUUAAUAGCUCCAAAUUUCAAUGACUUAAAAACCUCAAACAACUAUAAAUUGUAGAAAUUCAGAUACAAAUAUUUAAAGCAUUUAAUGAGACAGCUAAAAGAUGUGCAACAUUAAAAUAUUGUCACAUUUACAUUGUAUAAUUUAUUGACGGUCCCUAACUAGCGCCACUAGGCUAUCCAAAGUUAAACCAACUUUGCCAUGGUGGCACACCGGCUGGCUGAAGCUAAUUGGCGAAGGAAGUUAGCUAGCUUGUUAGCUAGUCUAGGCUACUUCCAGACACAAGACCUGGUUAUACUGUUUCAAGUUAUCUAGAAGGGUGAGUACUGUAACUGUGUACUGUUUUGGCAGAGUGAAAGUACAAACAAAGUAUGUGAAGAGGGCUCCGGCAGCCGAGCAGAAAUGGAGGAAAACUAGACUCCCUGCGGACCUGUCAUCUUUUCACUCCCUCCUCUCUACAUUGUCUUCCUCUGUUUCCGCUGCUAAAGCCACUUUCUACCACUCUAAAUUUCAAGCCUCUGCCUCUAACCCUAGGAAGCUCUUUGCCACCUUCUCCUCCCUGCUGAAUCACCCUCCUCCUCCCCCUCCCUCAUCCCUCUCUGUGGAUGACUUCGUCAACCAUUUUGAAAAGAAGGUUGACGACAUCCGAUCCUCAUUUAUUAAGUCAAAUGACACCGCUGGUCCUGCUCACACUGCCCUACCCUAUGCUUUGACUUCUUUCUCCCCUCUCUCUCCAGAUGAAAUCUUGCGACUUGUGACGGCCGGCCGCCCAACAACCUGCCCGCUUGACCCUAUCCUCUCCUCUCUUCUCCAGACCAUUUCCGAAGACCUUCUCCCUUACCUCACAUCGCUCAUCAACUCAUCCUUGACCGCUGGCCAUGUCCCUUCCGCCUUCAAGAGAGCGAGAAUUGCACCCCUCCUCAAAAAACCUACACUUGAUCCCUCCGAUGUCAACAACUACAGACCAGUAUCCCUUCUUACUUUUCUCUCCAAAACUCUUGAGCGUGCCGUCUCUAGCCAACUAUCCUGCUAUCUCUCUCAGAAUGACCUUCUUGAUCCAAACCAGUCAGGUUUCAAGACUGGUCAUUCAACUGAGACUGCUCUUCUCUGUGUCACGGAGGCUCUCCGCACUGCUAACACUCUCUCCUCUGCUCUUACCCUUCUAGACCUAUCCGCUGCCUUUGAUACUGUGAACCAUCAGAUCCUCCUCUCCACCCUCUCCGAGUUGGGCAUCUCCGGCGCUGCUCACUCUUGGAUUGCGUCCUACCUGACAGGUUGCUCCUACCAGGUGGCGUGGCGAGAAUCGCACCACAUGCUCUCACCACUGGUGUCCCCCAGGGCUCAGUUCUAGGCCCUCUCCUAUUCUCUCUAUACACCAAGUUACUUGGCUCUGUCAUAUCCUCACAUGGUCUCUCCUAUCAUUGCUACGCAGACGACACACAAUUAAUUUUCUCCUUUCCCCCUUCUGCUAACCAGGUGGCGAAUCGCAUCUCUGCAUGUCUGGCAGACAUAUCAGUGUGGAUGUCGGUUCACCACCUCAAGCUGAAUCUUGGCAAGACGGAGCUGCUCUUCCUCCCGGGGAAGGACUGCCCGCUCCAUGAUCUCGCCAUCACGGUUGACAACUCCAUUGUGUCCUCCUCCCAGAGUGCAAAGAACCUUGGCGUGACCCUGGACAAUACCCUGUCAUUCUCCGCUAACAUCAAAGCGGUGACCCGUUCCUGCAGGUUCAUGCUCUACAACAUUUGCAGAGUACGACCCUACCUUACACAGAAAGCGGCACAGGUCCUAAUCCAGGCACUUGUCAUCUCCCGUCUGGAUUACUGCAACUCGCUGUUGGCUGGGCUCCCUGCCUGUGCCAUUAAACCCCUUCAACUUAUCCAGAACGCUGCAGCCCGUCUGGUGUUCAACCUUCCCAAGUUCUCUCAUGUCACCCCGCUCCUCCGCACACUCCACUGGCUUCCAGUUGAGGCUUGCAUCUACUACAAGACCAUGGUGCUUGCCUACGGAGCUGUGAGGGGAACGGCACCUCCUUACCUUAUGGCUCUGAUCAGACCCUACACCCAAACGAGGGCACUACAUUCAUCCACCUCUGGCCUGCUAGCUCCCCUACCUCUACUGAAGCACAGUUCCCGCUCAGCCCAGUCAAAGCUAUUCGCUGCUCUGGCACCCCAAUGGUGGAACAAGCUCCCCCACGACGCCAGGACAGCGGAGUUACUGACCACCUUCCGGGGACACUUGAAACCCUACCUCUUUAAGGAAUACCUGGAAUAGUAUAAAGUAAUCCUUCUUCCCCCACCCCCCAUAAAAAAAAGUGGUUGUCCCACUGGCUAUCAUAAGUUGAAUGCACUAAUUUGUAAGUCGCUCUGGUUAAGAGCGUCUGCUAAAUGAUGUAAAUGUAAAUGUAAGAUGGAGGGAGGAUGUUGGAGCAUUUAGCAUUUUUCAAACACCUGAAACAGGUUUUUUCUGCAAUCUAGAGCCAUAAUCAUUCUGUCUAAUUAUAUGUAAAAAAAAAAAAAAAGUAUAUUUUUCUGUAUAUGUUAUCAAAGCAUACCUCUUUACCUGUUCAAUUUUCAUUUUAAUGAGUGUGUCAUUCUGACUGUUGUAAAUCACACAUCUAAAUAUACUGCAAUAACAUGCCUAAGAUGUUACAUCCAAAUUACAACACAGUACAUGGGAUCAUACCACACAUCAAUACAGGCACAUAUCAUGGCAUCAUAAUUAACACACAAAUGUCAUGAUAUUAUCAUAAGGUGCCAGAUUACAUUUAAACCAAAUAUGUUUCUGCAUACCUCUUGAGCAGUCUGCAUCCCCCUAAAAUCAGGAUAAAAGGUUGAAAGGAAUGUGAGUCUUAUUGAGUACAUUUAGUAAUUACACACUUUUCUAAAGUCUAGCAACUUUGCCAGCAGCGUGCCAGCUAAGAUACCGUACUUAGACAAACUACUCUAAGUUGAUUAAUAGCCUGAUAUGGCUUGGUAGCUAGUUAUGAGGUUGGGAGAUUGGGAACCUAUCUAGCUAGCUAGCUAAAGCCAACUUCAUAAAAUGGCUAGGUGGCUAGUAUUACAUUGAAAAAACAAAACAUUUUAGUUUUAUUUAUUCAUCAAGAAGGAAUCAAUAGGCUACAUAGCUAGAUCAAAUUCAUUUACAAACAUACCGCCUGUGAGUCCUGCCCAUCAUCGGCAGCUAAAAUCAAAUCAAAUGCUGUGUCUUUGCUCCAUGGUGCACCUUGGAAGGAACCACUUACUGGGGAGAAUGGGGGGGGGGGGGGGGGGGGGGGGGGGGGGGGGGUACUCUUGGCCUGGUCCAGUCAGUGUGCCCCCUCCGCAAAAUACCGCUGGCAGAUUUUUUUAUAAACAAUAAUGUUUACGUUUAAUAAUUAAUUUAACAUCAGAAAAAGAACAAAAAAUGGACAAAUCUGAGGGGGAACGUGCUCUUGUGCCCCCUAUGGGCAUGACACCACUGCCAGAGACACUCACAUCAAAGCACGCAUCCAAGACCCAAAUCUAGGAAUUGAAACAGAGGCUAAAUCAGGAAGUUCAGCCCCCCUUUAAAGGCAUGUGUUUUUGCCUUGUGACAAAGCUUGUUGGAAGUUUUAUGAAGUGACAUGUUUUUACUUUAACAGUAAUCCUUUGUUUAAUUGAGUAAUUGAAUCCAAAUGCACCAGAAGGAAUACAUUAUGUAGACCCACAAACCAGCUUGGAUAUAUUCAGCUGUAAUAAAUGAUUGUAAUAAAUUCUCCCACUGCCUCUGUGGAUGUCUGUUUUUGACGGGUUGUGUUUAUGUUGUGUUUAUAUUCAAGGUGUUUGGCUUGGGCUCUGUGGCGCAGGUCGUGACUGGACUGGGUGCGUUCGGAGAAUACCUCAGUGUCAACCUGGGCUUCGGCCUGGGCGUGACUAUGGGAGUGCAUAUUGGCGGGAGGGUCUCAGGUACGUAACACAACACCCCUCCUUUUGUCAUGGGUAAUGUUUUAAAUCGUUUUCAUGAAUGGUGCCUCUUAUACAGCACAUUUAAGUGCAAAAGGAAAAUACUUCUCUCUCUCUCUCUCUCUCUCUCUCUCGCUCUCUCUCUUCCUCUCCCUCCUAGGGGCCCAUAUGAACGCAGCAGUAUCAUUUUCCAUGUGUCUCUUUGGUCGUUUGGGUUGGAGGAUGCUGCCUGUCUAUAUCCUCAGUCAGCUGAUAGGCUCCUUCUUGGCGGCUGGGACCAUAUACUCCCUUUACUAUGGUAAAAACGUAAUGAUAACAUAGAAGACAAUGACCAGUUCACUUUGGUAAAUCAUACAGCCAGUACAAGGAAGCGCUUGUUUGCAUUAAAUGUCACUAUGAGGGCCGGAAAUGUUUGUUUCAAUAUUAUUGUUUGAGCUACAUGUACAUUUCCCAACCUUAACACUUGAAAUCCUACAGAUAGAAGUAGUGUUUUGGUUGAAUAUGGUUAUGAGGUGCUGUGCAAUGUUGUGAAACUUGCUUCGUCACUGUAUUUCCAGAUGCCAUUUACCACUACUGUGGAGGGAAUCUGACUGUGUCUGGCCCUAAGGCUACAGCUGGGAUCUUUGCUACCUACCCAGCACCCUACCUCUCACUUCAUGCUGGAUUCCUAGACCAGGUAAGCAGGAAAAGGGUAAUUUUACCCCAUAAAGACACCUGUUGAACAGGUUUGUCAAGCCAGUUUACCCAUUGAUCUAUAUUUUACUGUGGACGUUCAUCUCCCACUGACGGAGGACAACUCAAGCUAUCUCUCCCUUUUCUCACCAAGUGUGUGUGUGUGUGUAUGUGUGUUAAUUGUGUGUAGCCAGGUAUUAAGCACAUAGGGAGGAAUUCAGACCCAAGUGAUGUGCACGUAAAUGGAACUUAAUUUCCUUUUUAUGCACUUUUCUCUCAAUGCGUAGUCUGACCUUGAACUUAAGCAUGGGGAAACACGUGCCAGAGAUCACAGAAAUGUAGGUGUGGCAGAGAUCUGUCUACAGAUAUGAGUAUUCUGACCUUGACUUAAAUCCCUCAUAAUAACACUACUUUUACGCAUGAGGAAACCAUGAAUAAGGUCGAGCGAACCUGUUUGUUCCAAGUGAAGUAAAAAAAAGCUGUGACCUAAUGGCCUUUUAACUUGCAGUUAUGAAACUUGGAGAUGCAAGCCAAAUGGGUAGGCUACUGCAGCCUGGAGCAUGUGAUGACGAUGCGAAGCAUUGCACAAUGACAGUCACGCCAAAUUUAACCUUUGAGCACUCUUGAAUGUUUGAAUUAUAUGCUUUGACAUUCUCUGGUUCCUACUAUUUCUAUCAUCUAUUUCUAUCGUCUAUUUUGUCAGAGCCCUUUUCCCUUGCUGCGACCUAUCAUUUUGUGUCUAGACACAGGGAAGAUGGAGGCAGCCCACUUUCCUCCCCGAGUGCUCUCCACUCGACACCCUUGUUUGAUGAAGACAAGGUUUCAGUUGCCAUGAACACUGCCCCCGUUCCGGGUUCACUGCCUUUUCAAAUAAAGGUACUACUGUUGCACUAAAACUUUUCGUAAAGGGCACAUCACAAGAGUAUAACCAAAAGGCAAAUCCCUAUAACGCCACCAGAGGGUGCUACAACAGUUCUCCAUAUACUAGGGGUUGAUGGCCUCCACCAUCUCAGUAAUCCCAACGCUUGUGUCCCUGUUGUCACCUCAAACGAGGGAUAACGGUAUCAUCGUCCUGCAUUGCGGCUCUCCACCACUGGAGAGCUUCGCCAAAGGCCCUCCCCUAGGGGUAGUAGCUGUGAGGAAGGUGGUGACGACAGACAAUCUCUCAUAGGGUGGGUGGAGGGCAUUUCACAAGGGCAGAGUUGAGAUCGGAUUGUGACCUACAGCUCUGUCUCACUCACAUCAACUACCUCAAGUUGCUUACGGUGCUUGUAGCUCUAAAGCAAUUUCUGCCUUUUAUUCAGAAAUGUAAUGCCCUGAUCAGAUCAGACAAUAUGACUGCAGUGGAAUACAUCAACCUCCAGGGUGGCACCCGAUCUCUGCUCCUGCACGGACUAGUCUAGCCCACAAACUGCUGUUGUGGAGCAGCGUACAUAUCCUGUCGUACAUUUUUAGGGCCUUCCUCUGACACCGCCUGGUAUAGAGGUCCUGGAUGGCAGGAAGAUUGGCCCUAGUGAUGUACUGGGUCAUACGCACUACCCUCUGUAGCGCCUUGCGGUCGGAGGCUGAGCAGUUGCCAUACCAGGCGGUGAUGCAACCAGUCAGGAUGCUCUUGAUGGUGCAGCUGUAGAACGUUUUGAGGAUCUGAGGAACAAUUCCAAAUAUUUUCAGUCUUCUGAGGGGGAAUAGGCGUUGUCGUUCCCUCUUCACGACUGUCUUGGUGUGUUUGGACCAUGAUAGUUUGUCGGUGAUGUGGACACCAAGGAACUUGAAGCUCUCAACCUGCUCCACUACAGCCCCAUCGAUGAGAAUGGGGGCGUCCUUGGCCCUCCUUUUCCUGUAGUCCACGAUCAUCUCUUUUGUCUUGAUCACGUUAAGAGAGAGGUUGUUUUCCUGGCACCACACUGCCAGGUCUCUGACCUCCUCCCUGUAGGCUAUCUCAUCGUGGUCGGUGAUCAGGCCUACCACCGUUGUGUCGUCGGCAAACUUAAUUAUGGUGUUGGAGUCUUUACUUUUAGCCAUUACAUCCACAAAAGGAGUGUCAGUCCACCACUCGUGCCUACACUUUGCCCCAGGGUUAUCCAAGGUUACCUAACAAGCUAACCUCUCUUUUGUGCCUUAAGAUAGUAGUGCUUAUAAUCGCCUCAUUUUAGAGCUGUUGGCAUUUCACCCACUGCCUUUCUCCUCCAUGGAGGAAGAGUGUCUCAUUUCACAUUUAAGUCAUUUGGCAGACGCUCUUAUCCAGAGCGACUUACAGGAGCAAUUAGGGUUAAGUGCCUUGCUCAAGGGUACAUGGACCGAUUUUUCACCUAGUCGGCUCUGGGAUUCUAACCAGCGACCUUUUGGUGACUGGCUCAAUACACUUAAUCGCUAGGCUACCUGCCCCCCUGUCUCCAGCGCUUGUGUCCAGUGCACACAUUGCGCAUCUACAUGGACAGGAUGAGAGCCCUACGAAAGAGCGAUCAGCUCUUUGUCUCUUGGCCACCUUUCCACGCAGGGAGGCCCAUUUCUCGACAGCAUUUAUCCCAUUGGAUAGUGGAGGCUAUUAUAAUGGCAUAUAACAGCAAUGGCUUAACACCUCCGGAGGGCUUGAGGGCUCACUCCACCAGAGGUGUGGCUACAUCAUGGGCAUUGUUCAGAGGCAUCUCUGUUCAAGAGAUCUGCAAUGCGGCAUGUUGGGGUACCUCCCAUAUCUUCAUGAGGUUCUACCGACUGGAUGUCACUGCGCCUUCAUUAGCGCAUACGGUGCUUAGUGUCAGGACUUCUGAGGGUUGAUCCUGUCUAGAUUUGGCUUCAGAGAGUAUAUGAGCUCUACGGGGGUUGGCUAUAUCCCCAAAGUGAGAGACCAAAUUUAAAAAAUAACUUAAGGUUACCUAAUGUAACCCCGGUUCUAUGAUAUUAUGCUGUCUCUCACCUUGUUACUCUUGACGGUUUGUGUAAGGAAGACGAACAUGUACUUAGAAGUGAAGAUUGGAGAAGACUACAGACCAUUAUAUAGGAAGUGCAGUGGUCCACUAUUGGCCGUUGCUCCUGUAUGUCUACAACAGACGUUGUGAGAUUGGAUCUUCCUAGACUCCGCCCCUAAUGAGGCGUUACCUAAAGUGAGAGACCUCAUUCAUAAUAUCAUAGAGCCAGAGUUACAUUAAUGCCUUGAUCACACCGAUAGCGUCAUUGCGCAAAAUAGUACGCAGCGUCAUCUGGAUAUGUGUGCAACAAAAGUUAAACAUUCACCUUCUGCUACCAUUUCCGUCAAGCCAUCUACGCAUACAGUUUGACCCAUACGUUCGAUAAAUCCAACGUAUGCACCACACAGAACCCACUGCAACUGCCUCUGCAGUGGAAUGCUGCAAGGCAAACGCAGCGUUCCAUUGGAAAUGAAUGUACUUCUGGUGUACCAAAAUGCAAUGACGCUGUCGGUGUGAUCGAAGCGUAAGACCUGUGCUCUACUGUGCUGCACUCUGAUGUCCAAACUUGUGAAACAUGAGAAUGACAUUCAUAUCCACAAUGAUGCAUUUCUGUGCAGUACAGAUCAGGGACCCAUGAUGUAAUUCCGUUACCUUAUUUCUGUUACCAGGUGUAAAUCCACGUCACUUUCUGUAGUUCAAUAACCAAAAUAUAUUUUUUUAACUCAAGGUGUCAUGUUAUAGCUAACAUCCCAUUCUUUCUUCAGACAUCUUUUAAUAUUAAUUUGGAGCAAAUAUUUUAAAGAGUUUUUGGAAAAUGGUCUCAUAAAAACCUGAGGAAGAUUCUACUUUAAUUCUGCUACCAAAGUUUGCAUCUGCACAGAUCUUCCACAAAAUGUGUUUUUGUAAAUGUUUCUGUCAAAAUUGUUAAAAGUAAUCAUUGUGCAUAGAGUUGUAUGGUUUGUUAAACUUUGAAAUAAAUGGUUGUGUUUGGCAUCCAUUUUAAAGUAAAAAAAACAGAGUCUCAGCGUAAUUCCGUUAACGUGGAAUUGCCCUCUACACCAGGGGCUCUCAAACUUUUAUUUUACCUAAUGGUAAGCUGCAAACCCUGUUAUCUACCAGGAGAGUUCUCAUCCGUAAUUAUCACGGGUGUCUACAUCCCGCCCCAAGCCAACACCACUCUGGCACUCAACGAACUGUAUGGGGCCAGAAACAAACAAGAGACCGCUCACCCAGAGGCAGCGUUUCUGGUGGGAGGAGAUUUUAACUCAUGGAGACUUAAAACCAUCCUACCUCACUUCUACCAACAGAAACUCUAGACCACUUUUAUUUUACCCACAGAAAUGCAUACAAGGCCCUCCCUUGUACCACCUUUGGCAAAUCUGACCACGAGUCCAUUCUCCUGCUUCCUGUUUACAAACAAAAGCUCAAACAGGAAGUACCAGUAAUGCGCUCAAUACGUAAGUGGUCAGAUGAAGCAGACACGAGUCUAGAAGACUGUUUUGUUAGUACAGACUGGGAUAUGUUCCAGGAUUCAUUCGAUAGCAUUGAGUAGUUUACGACAACAGUCACGGGCUUCAUCAAUAAGUGCAUAGACGAUGUCUUCCCCACAGUGACUAUAAGAACAUAUCCAAACCAAAAACCAUGGAUUACAGGCAAUAUCCACGCUGGGCUAAAAGCUAGAGCUACCGCUUACAAGGAACAGGACACGGACAUGGAAGCAUUCAAGAAAUCCCGCUACGAACUCCGAUGAGACAUCAAACAUGCAAAAGGAUAAUAUAGGAGGAAGUUGGAAUCCUAUUACACCGGUGCCGACGCUCGUCGUAUGUGGCAGGGCUUGAAGACACUAACGGAUUACAAAAGGAAACUCAGCCAUGAGUUGCACAGCGAUGCAGAACUCCCAAACGAGCUACAUGCCUUUUAUGUUCGCUUCGAGGAAUAUAACAUUGUGCUUUGUGUGAAAGCCCCUCUUUUUCCGGAUGGCUAUGUGAUCUCGCUCUCAAUGGCUGAUGUGAGCAAAACGUGGACUGAUCGUGGACUAUAGGAGAAAGAGGGGAGAGCACGCCCCCCAUCCACAUCGACUGGGCUGUUGUGGAGCGGGUCGAGAGCUUCAAGUUCCUUGGCGUCCACAUCACUAAGGACUUAACAUGAUCCACACACCCGCAAAGUCGUGAAGAGGGCACAGCAGCACCUCUUCCCCCUCAGGAGGCUGAAAAUAUUUAUCACGGGCCCUCAGAUCCUCAAAAGUUUCUACAGCUGCACCAUUGAGUGCAUCUUGACUGGCUGCAUCACCGCUAGGUAUGGCAAAUGCACCGCCCAUGACUGCAAAGCGCAUGUGACAAAUACAUUUUGAUUCGAUUUGAGAACACAACUUCAGUAAGAUAAGAAUAGCAUACAAGGAGUGUUACUAUGACUUCGGCAGUGCAUGGCCGGAUGAACCAAGUCCGGGAGGAACAUUUUAAAGGCCUGCCUCUUAUCGAAUUUAUUUUGUAGUUUUCAAGCUAAUUUUCUGCAAUUCUACACAUUUUGUCAUGGGGCAGAGAGAUUUUUUGUUGUUGCAUCUUUAAAGCUAAUAUCCUGCAAUUCUACCCAUUUUGCCAUGAGGCAGAAAGAAAACUUUGCCGUUACAAUGCAUUUUAUGUUUUAUGUUUGGCCCAUGUUUCCCAGGCUUAAGAACAUAAAUUGUUUUUUUUAAAUAAUAUUACAUUGUAUUGUAUUAAACCAUCUAAACUUAUUCCACUGAUCCCUUGGACAAAAGUUGUUUAAUCUGUUGUUGUUAGUAAUAUUCAUUUAAAAAAUGAAAUAUAUAUUAAAACAUGUCACAGACCCCCUGCAGUAGCCUACCUCGUCCGCGGACCCCACUUUGAGAACCCCAUACAUUAGGUAACCUUAAGUUCCAUGGUCAGUGUGGGCAAUGGGCCAGGGUAUACUAUUGUACACUAUUCUCCCUAUUAUAAUUAUAUGUGCACUAAUCCUCCAACAUUAACAUGGGGUGAAGAACUGAAUGUGGCAAUUUUCAGAAUGAAUCAAAACAGUUUAUUUUUUUAUUUUUUUUGCGUAAAGGCUCUCCAAAUCUUUCCAUGAAGUAGCCUAGGGUUCAUGAAAACUUCCCUAAACAUAUAUAGUGAAAUAUCAGUGUUUUGAAAUCUACACAUGGGUUCUGAACAGAGAUAAAAAUGCAUGUUUUGACGACUGUCUUUAAUUUAUAUCCAUUCUGAAUGCAUUUUCCAUAGGCUACAUUCUAAUGUUGUGCCGAUCAAAUUCAAAUUCAAGGUACACAGUAUUUAGAGGGAUUGCUUUAGAUGAAUGAACAGAAAAACAUAUUGAAGAAAAACUAUCUGAUCAAAUUGGCCAGUAGGUGUUUUUGGUUGGUUUGAAUUAAGCGUAUUCAGUGCAUGCAAGGGAGCCACACCCGCAAACCAUGUUACGCACAUGCAUAUGGUGUCUGAAUACCAAAUACUGAGAAGUGCUUAAAUCAGAAUGCUUAAAAAAGGCAUACAUUUCCUAAGUCUGAUUCGGCCCCAUAGUGUCAAUCAUGGUUGUUUUCCUCUCUCCUAGACAUUAAACAUAUCAACCUAAUGCCCGUUUUCUCGCUGUGUGCGUUCCAGGUGAUCGGCACGGCCAUGUUGUUGCUGUGCCUGAUGGCCCUGUCUGACCAAAGGAACCAGCCUGCUCCAUCGGGGGGUGAGCCCAUCGUUGUGGGCCUGUUGGUCCUGCUCAUAGGAGUCUCUCUGGGGAGCAACAGCGGAUACGCUAUCAACCCUAGCCGCGACCUGGGACCUCGAAUCUUCACCGCUAUAGCAGGCUGGGGGCCAGAGGUGUUCCGGUAAGACUUGAGGGGAGUGGGGGGUAAGACCCGGUGGGGGUCAGUUCAGUUUUCAGUUUUGGUUCAGGGAGUCCAGUAAUUUCAUUUAUAUUCAAUUUGUGAAUUCAAAAGUCAAUUGGCCAUUUUCAGAACUGAGUGGAAAGUGAAUUGACCCCAACCUUGCCUGCUAAUCUUGCAAGGGCUUUUUAUCUUACAGUGCCUUCAGAAAGUAUUCACACCUAAAUAAGUUCAGGAGUAAAGAUGUGCUUAACAAGUCACAUAAUAAGUUACAUGAACUCUGUGUGCAAUAAUAGUGUUUAACAUAACUCUGUACCCCACACAUACUGUACAAUUAUCUGUAAGGUCCCUCAGUCGAGCAGUGAAUUUCAAACACAGAUUCAACCACAAAGACCAGGGAGGUUUUCCAAUGCCUCGCAAAGAAGGGCACCUAUUGGUAGAUGCAUAAAAAAUAUAAAAAAAGCAGACAUUGAAUAUCCCUUUGAGCAUGGUGGAGUUAUUAAUUACACUUUGGAUGGUGUAUCAAUACCUAGUCACUACAAAGAUACAGGUGUCCUUCCUAACAUUCACCAUGAGGCCAAUGGUGACCUUAAACUGUUACAGAGUUUAAUGUCUGUGAUAGGAGAAAACUGAGGAUGGAUCAACAACAUUGUAGUUACAGGGGCCUGCGAAAAUAUUCACCCCCUUGGCAUUUUUCCUAUUUUGUUGCCUUACAACCUGGAAUUAAAAUGGAUUUUUUGGGGGUUUGUAUCAUUUGAUUUACACAACAUGCCUACCACUUUGAAGAUGAAAAUUAUUUUUAGUGUGAAACAAACAAGAAAUAAGACAAAAUAACAGAAAACCUUGGCACAUCUAGCCACUGGGAUUUUUGCCCAUUCUUCAAGGCAAAACUGCUCCAGCUCCUUGGCUGCCAAAAUCCAGAUCAAUGGCUGCCAAAUAAUACAAUAUAUAAUUAUGUACGACAAAACUCCCCAAAGCUAUUUUUGUUAGUUUUUGACUGACUUUGACCACUGUAACCAAUCUCCACACUCCCUCUCUCGCUCUCUGUUGUGCAGGGCAGGUAACGGCUGGUGGUGGGUACCUGUACUUGCCCCCCUGGUGGGAGGAGUCACAGGGGCUUCCGUCUACAAGGUCUUUGUGGAACUGCACCACCCCUCCCCCUGUGAACACAGAAGGGAGCUAGAGGACGAGGCAGAGGAGGCGGCUGUCCCUCUGGAUAUGCAGAAAAACCUCGGCCCAGAGGUGUGUGUGUGAGGCACCCCAGCUAUCUUUGUGCACACUUGCUACACCAAAAGUAACUGGAGGAGGAUCCAAUGGAACAGAAACAUUGGCGAACAAUUGGGGAUGUAGUGCUGAGUAGUUCUGAGAGGACACUGAUUGGACUGGUUAAUUUCUCGAUGGUCCAAGUCCAAGUGAGUCUAUUGGAGGCAGUCCAGAAUGAAUCGUGAAAGUGAAACAACUGUGAAACAGAGCAUGAAUUCAGUUUGGCUCCCAGGCUAAGGAUGAAUGAGACCACCUCUAACAGAAGUCAAAGCUGCAUAUACAAGUCUAGGAUCAGCUUAGCUUACCCCUCAACCAAUAGAAUCAUGGAGUCUUGAAACUGAUGGCAAAAUGCGAGAGACUAUGUCAAGAAUGUAAUUGGUGCUCAUUACUCGUAUCGGUUUCAAAGAACAAAUGCAGCAAAUCUGAGGACACUGGAGGAAAUCUGGACUCAUUAAAAUGGCCAUCGACAAUAACACAGGUUUAACCUCAACAAUUCUCAUCUGCCUUUAAUAGAAAAUACAUACAGCCAUAGACACACAAGGAAAAUAAAUAGGAUCAGCAAAAUGGCCUGCAAGGCUUCACAGGGACUAGCAGCAUUGCUAGAGAAAACAUGUCAGGCACGCACAGACACAUGCACACACAUUCAGGAGAAGAAGCAUUUAUAGUGGUAUAAUACAUAGCUGCCGUUUCCCUGCCAUUACUUACUCGAGAAGCCAAGUGCUGUAGCCCCAUUAGCUACCACAUAGAACGUUAGCUUCAAUAUUUUGAAGGGUAGCAGCCAGACAUGUUGCUUCCGGGCCCUUUUCACCUCACCCAAGACACAAAUGCAGGGGAAACACUGCCAUAGCCCAUUGAAUGUGUUUUUUGGGGUGGGGGAGGGGGAAGUCUCCUCAUCCUUAUCGCCUGCCCCCACUAUGCCUCCCCGAGCUCCC